AUGAGUUUCUGCAGCACCAUGCACCGUCCGGUGACAUCAUCCGCCACACUCCUCCGCUGGGCUCUGCCCUCCGCUGCUCCCCGCGGCGCUCUGCGCUGCUUCUCCUCCUACGGAAGCGCCCACCAGUCUUCUAAGCGAGACAUGCAGACCGCUACUGCCUACCGCCCACACACACUCCCUUCAUCUUUCCCGCCACCCCGCAACUCCGGCGGCCAGGACACCUCGAUUUCCGCCGAAUUCCCUCCCCCCUCGGAGAACCCGAAGACCUCUUCACAACAAGAGUCGUCCCAGGUCAGCGUGCGAGAAGGCGAGGCCCAGAAGACCAAGCCCGCCUCCUCGACAGCAUCCAAGACUUCCCCGAAGCCCCGACGGCCAUUGCGGCCAAGAAAGGCUGCGAUGAAAGUGACGCCGCUGGCAAUCCAACAACUUCGCAAGCUCAUGGACAACCCCGAGCCAAAGUAUAUCCGGGUGGGUGUCAAGAACCGCGGCUGCUCAGGCCUGGCCUACCACCUCGAGUACGUGGAGAAGCCGGGCAAGUUUGACGAAGUGGUGGAACAAGACGGAGUCAAGGUUUUGAUCGAUAGCAAGGCCUUGUUCAGCAUUAUCGGCAGUGAAAUGGAUUGGCACCAAGAUAAGCUGAGCCAGCGGUUCGUCUUCAACAACCCCAACAUCAAGGAAUCAUGCGGAUGCGGAGAGUCCUUCAUGGUCUAG